CUUUCCUUUAUUUAAUUCUUUAUUUUUCUAUGUCACUUUGCAGCAGUACUUUUUUUUUCACCUGACUUUUCUAUUGGUGGGUGGGUUGUUUAGUUUGUCGCUGCAGUUUGACAGCAGCAUCGGUAAUUAGUGCACCAAUUAUUUAUUUUCUUCUCUCUAUUGCUAAUGUAGAUUAGCUCAUGUUUUAACUCUUGCAACCAACAAACAAAAUCCUUUGAUCUGUUGUCAUGAUGUAACACCCAAAUUUCAUACGUCACCAUACGGUCCAUUCAAAUGCUGGACAUUCCAGGUGAAAUUCCUCCACUUUUGUAUUUGAAGGCUGUUCUCUUUUCAUUUUUGUUAAUUUAAAAUUGAUUAUCUUAUACCAUAUUUAAAAUAGAUUACCACGUAUCAGAUCAUUGAUGCUUUGAAUGUUUUAUUCUACUAAAUUAGAGACAACAUUUUUCAAUACAUUAUCUGCACAGUUCUCGGCGACUUUAUAAAACUCCUGCAAUUCAACUUAUCUCAUUCCAUAUUUUUGUUAUUUAAAAAAGUAGAUUUAAUUCUGUUCCAUACUGUUCAAGUCUGCAGUGAAAGAAAAAUCACCUGUCGCUCCCUUUCAUUGAUUUAGUCAGUAUUCCAAGCCUUUGUCCUUUGAUCUCUUUUGAUGUCAUGAAUUCAGAUGUAAUUCCAUAGACCUGGUGGGAAAUCCAGAUACUGAGGUCAUAUUUAUUAAUUAUUCCUGAUAGUAGCUGAGAAACCACACCUAAACUAGUCAAUAUAUACAUAUAUAAAUAGUUAUAAAACAUUAUGAGUGAGCUGCACCAAGCUGCUGCCGCAGGAGAUUACGAAAAAGUUGAGGAGCUUCUGAAGCAAAUGACCUGCAGUCCCAACGAGAAGGACGACGAAUGGAGCAACAAGACGCCACUCCACUGGGCCGCAGCAAUCGGAUACACCAAAAUGGUCAAGCUCCUCAUUGACAAUGGGGCGCGGCCAUGUCUGAGGACCACACACGGAUGGACUGCUGCUCACUACGCUGCCGAGGCCGGUCACCUGGAGGUGCUGCAGCUGCUGCACUCCCUCCACGCUCCGAUGGACAAGAAGGAUAGCUCUGGAGACAGACCCUUGCGUCUCGCCGAAAUCUACGGACACCAGCGGUGCAUCCAGUUCCUUAAAAAGGCGGUCAUUCAGGGCCAGGAAUACCGCCUUGGAGCAGCCAAAAAGGGAGUCUUUUUAGAUGACAUCGAUUACGACUGGGACGGGUCGGACAGCGAGGAUGAGAGAGACUGGGACAAAGACGCAGAGACGGCUGUAAAUCCAAACUCGAACAAGGACACGGACGCUGCAGACGACACGACCACAGACACACAGGCAGUAAACGAGGACAAAGACGUAGCUACAGAAACGGGCACGACGUCAAACACAGAUGCAAACACAGCUGCGGAAAACAACUGUGACUAAAAACAUCUAAAAUCACAGAACCGAAA